CGCUAUAUCGUAGUGUCCCUGUCAACUGGAGCUCAGAAGGCCGUCCGACCAACCAACAAGAAUCGGUACCGCAGCGCGGGUCGGGCUGCGGGCGGCCUCGUCCGGCACAGCGGCACCACAUUGCAAUACUGGGAACUAUUUUUCGUGCAGAAGUUGUCUGACAGUUGGCCCAGAAGCAAGAUUUGGCGGUACCGGCUUUUUUUAUGAUGUGCGUCGCCAUGUACGUGUUAUCCACCCUCGGAGGCUACAUCCUCACUUCGGUGUUUCUACUCAAGUGCCCAUCACUCCUACAUCGAAGGAAACGACAGGCAUUCUUCAGUCGUCAUAUCUCCCACCGAGGCGGUGCUGGUGAGAACCUGGAGAAUACAAUGGCAGCAUUUAGACAUGCAGUAAAACUGGGUACAGACAUGCUGGAGCUGGACUGUCACUUGACCAAAGACGAGCAAGUUGUGGUGUUACAUGAUGGUAAUCUGAAGAGGUCAACAGGGGUCAGCGCCAAUAUUUCAGAAAUGAACUACGCAGAACUUCCUCCAUAUUUGUGCAAGCUUGAUGUCUCUUUCCAGCGAGAGUGCUGCUGUGUGGGAGGAGAGGACAGACGUGUCCCGCUGCUGAGUGAUGUCUUCCAGGCUUUUCCUAACACCCCUGUGAACAUUGACAUCAAGGUCAACAAUGACACACUUAUCAGGAAGGUGUCUGAAUUGGUGAUGCAGUACAAGAGGGAGCACUUGACUGUCUGGGGCAAUGCCAGCAGUACCAUUGUAGACAAAUGCUACAAAGAGAACUCACAGAUUCCACUUCUGUUCAGCCUGCAUCGGGUUCUACUUCUGGUUGGCCUCUUUUACACUGGUUUGCUGCCCUUUGUGCCCCUGAAAGAGCAGUUUCUGGAGAUACCCAUGCCUUCCAUCAUCAACAAGCUAAAAGACCCUGAGAAGAUGUCCAGAAGUCAGCGUUUUCUUGUAUGGCUUGCAGACACCAUGCUCAUGAGGAAGGCUUUAUUUGACCACUUAACAGCACGUGGAAUCCAGGUCUACCUAUGGGUUCUGAAUGAUGAAGAUGAUUUCCAACGAGCAUUUGACCUAGGAGCUACAGGUGUGAUGACAGAUUAUCCAACUAAACUCAAGGCAUUCUUGAAGCAAAGAUUCCCCAAUUAAGAGUUGUCCAUCCAAGUCUCCCUGUGUUGAGGGCUGGCAGUGAGACAUAAGCAUGCUCAGUUAUUUGCCACACUGCCACCUACAUCUUCAUUUGAAUUCUGAAUGCAGCACUUCAUGAAGCAGACCAGUCAAUUUGAGAUAUAAUUUUCCAGUUGAAUGCCACCUGAAACACAGAUCUUCUGCUUCUUUAGAGAUAUUUUAUUCUUUCAUUUUUAUUGUUCUUGGCUGGCUGGAAAUGUUCAGUUUGACAUAUCAAGUUGAAGACCAUAUCAAUGGCUUGGUUCCACCAAAGUGAAUGUCAUCUGUCCUUGAGGGAUUCGUGGUGAGCUGAAGUAAUGGACAGUUACUGGACAUCUUGUGAAGGAAUUAAUCACUAAUGCCUCCCUUGGUGUGUCCAAAAUAUUAUAGCCAUUUCAUAAUUUUCACAUGAGCAAUGUGGUGGUAUGGCCUUCAGUUCCAGACUGUGUUAAAUGGUUUUUUUCUAAGUGAGUGCACUCAGUGGUCAAUAUCACCGUCUCCAUUUAUUUUAUACAUCCCGUUAAUUCUCAGCCUUUAUGUAGCUGUAAUCUUAAAAAUUAUGUGGUGUUAAUGAAGUACUGUAAUGCAUAAUGAGGUGGAGAAUGUUCACAAGCCUCUCAUAUUUUUCGGAUUGCUGCUAGGAGUCUAUAGUCCAUAUGAGCAGUAUGGAUUCGUGGUCAUUUGAUACAACCUGCUGAUUUUUCACAAAUGAAGUCCACUUUAACUUACAAAAUAAGGUCAUACACUGAUGUGCCUUCCAGGAGGAAGGUCAGUCUCUACUUUAAUGAUCCCUGUUAUGCCUGUUGUCAGGUUGAGCUACAAUCUGUGCAAAGCAUUGAAUGGGGAAGGCCCUACCUAACCCAGUGGGUGUGCUAUGAGGGAUGAAUUUUUGCAGGCAUCAGUGGUUAUUUUUAACAGUUUCUUUGACUCUGAAAAUGUUUGACUAAACCUGGCUAAAAAUAAAUGUUAAAGUGAAGAAGGUGUAUUAAAAGAUGCUGUUGGCAGUAAGGACCCGCUGGACGGCUCUUGUUAGAUAUAACAUCAAAUUUUUGUGUGGUGUGUUUUUUUUUUUUUAAAUGACUGUAUUGUAUUAAGAACCAGCUCACUGAUUGCUUUCAUGAAUUUUAUUUUUAUAGAAUUGUGAUUGUACUGUUUAGAAAUCUGUGAGUUUGUUUUAAUUUGUCAACCAUAUAUAACAAAUGUUAGAUUAACUGACACUACACACCAAUCCCCUUCUCUAGAUACUCAGUAGAUGAAGACUCAUAGAUUCUAAAAUAUUUGAAUGUGUAAAAUUUGAUAAAAUGGUAACUUUUAGAAAAUUAAGGGUUUUAGAAAUGUUUUACAUAAUACCAGAAAAAAAGAUAAUGUGAAAUCAAAUACUGUAAAUGUAACAGGGUAUUGCUAAGAUGUGCUUUAAGUUUCAUAUCCAAAAUAAACAUUUUACUGUUCUUUCUGA